CAGCCCUGGAGCUCCACAGAACCUGGACUUGGCCCCCGCUGGUGGGAGAGGAGGUCUCUCCUAACCUCUUGAAUCUGAUUUCUGAGAAAAAUGCCGUUCAGAGACUCCCCAGGAAACCUAUAAUCUUCUUGGGUCGACCUCAGGUUGGGGGGCCAAGUCCUACAGGAGACAUUUGUUCAUCCACAUCCAGGGACACUCAUCUCUCCCAACGGAAGACUUCUUUUACUCCACAAGUUUAAAACACUAACGAAGCCACCCCGCCCCUUUCCCUCUCCCCCGGUUAGAAUCAGUAUUGGACCUGAAUUUUGUAUUCCAGAAAUCCCUAGGAAUUAUCUAGACAGGACAGAUGCUAUAAAGGCACCAAAAAAUAGACAGACUGGCAGAUUGCUAGUGUUUGAUCCAAAGGAAAAAGUGAUGAUGGAACCAAAUGAAGCAAUGUCAGAUAAAUGCGCCUUUGGACACAAAGCAAGAUUGGCAAGCAAACUUUAUGCCUCACCAACACAAGUCUCUCUAAAUGUAGCUAAGACAUUGUCAGAAAAGAAGGACGUCUCUUCAAAGAAUAUUGAAAAUAAAGUCUCUUUAAAGAAUACUGAAAAUAGAGUAUCUUCAAAGAAUAUUGAAAAUAAAGAUACCUUAAAUCUACAGUCUGACCAGUGGUCAUCUUCCUUCUUAAAAGAAAGUUCAGGUGAAGUGGGCAAAGAUGAAGUCAUUGUGAAGCAGGAGAAAAAUAAUGAAUUUUGCCUUCAGAAUAGUGACGAUAAAUUGUCAGAAUCAAUAGAUGAUGAUGAUGAAGAUGAUAGCAAUGAUGAAGAUAAUGAGGAAGACAGUAACCCUAAAAAGGAUACUUGUGCCCCACUAGAGUUAAUGGCAGAGUUCCUGAGAGCAGAAAUGGAGCAAGACUACCACCUGGCAAAAAAAUUAUGUCAGAUGAUCCUAAUCUACGAACCAGAAAAUCCUGAGGCCAAGGAGUUUUUGGCACUUAUUGAAGAAAUGCUGCUGAUGGAGAAAGGUCAGAAUCCUAAGAAAGACGAUGAAGAUAGCGAAGAAGAUAGUAGCAGUGACAGUGAAGGAGAAAGCAGCGAUGACCUGAAUGACCAGAGUUCUGACGAAUGUGAAGAUGGAUCGUGAAUGCUGCUGCUAUGGUUUAAGCUUCAUGUAUUUUCAUUAAUGUAUACCAUGCAGAUAUAAAGAAGAGAGCUUCAUGUCA